CCGUGGACUAGUCUCGUUCAGUUACGAACGGGGAAACCACGUUAAAUCGCGUCUUGUGUGAUUGUUUCGUUUCCGCGUAUUGUCUUAUUUUACAUUGGAUAGUAUCUUGUAAAGUAAAUUCACACAUGAUACUGAACUAAAAUCAACCGCUAAAAGAUUUUGCUCAUCCGCUGCUGCCAGUGGAUCAUGAUGCGCUACAAAGAGGAGAAAGAGGCCAAGAAGGAAGCUUUCAGGAAGUACCUUGAAUCCAGUGGCGUUGUUGAUACCGUUACCAAAGGUUCUUUGAUCUCUUCUUCCUUCAGUUUUCUGGUGGGGGUUUCCUUCCUUCGUUUUCACAUUCAUCAUCUUCUUUUCCCCCAAUUGUUGUGGGUUGCUGGCCUGGCUGUAGCUCUGGUUGCAUUGUACGAGCAAGAUGAGAAGCCCUCCUCUGCUCUCGAAUUCAUUCAACAGAAGUUGGGAGGGCCGAGUUUGUGCGAAUACGAGAAGCUACAAGCUGAGAUGUCGGAUCUGCAACUCAAGUACAAUGAGCUUCUAGCAACUCAUCAAGUAACUGUCAAAGAGUUAGAAGAAGUGAAGGUCUCACAUACCAUGGCUGCCACCAAUACUACUUCUGCUGCUAACACCACAGCCAGCGAAAUCGCCAAUGGGGAUGUGCCAAAGGAUGAUGGCUGAAAGAUUCAGGAAAGCCAAAAACGUAAUCGAAGCUGUUUUGGCCCUGUAUAUUGCAACCAUGGAAGGAACAAGCAUUCUCUCGUUUACGAGAGUUCAAACGGUGUGGUUACCAUGGUAACCGUUUUAAUCAGUACUAUUUGGAUAAUUUGGUUUGGUUAAUUUGGAUGAUUGGUUUGAUUUGGUUAAAGUUUUUAGCUUGUUUGGUUUAGGUGGUUUGGUUUCAGACACUCCUAACCAAUCAAACCAAAUUAACCAGAUAAAUGAUUAGUCAUAUAUCUAUUAUAUAGUAUAUACACAUACUUAAUACUUUGAAUAACCACUCAAGAGUUAAACGUUUAUCCCUUUUAGAC